CAACACACAAACAGCUCUCUAUCUUACUCCUGUUUUUUUUCUUAAUAUCACUAUCAGAUGAUACUGAUAAGGAGUGUUUUUUUAUUAUUUGUUUUCUUAGAUUGGUGAAAGUUUCAUUACUUGGACUUACCAUUGAAACUCCAUAAACUGGAUUUUGCCAUUUUGUUUUUAACAUCAAAGGACAAGACGCCAGUUCACAACAGUAUCGUGUAUUGUUCUUACAGUGCUGUGUAAAAGAUGUGGAGCUGCAUAACAGAUUUUUUUACUUAUGAGACGACAAAGUCUGUGGUGGUGAAGAGCUGGACCAUCGGCAUCAUCAACCGAGUUGUUCAGCUGCUCAUAAUCUCUUAUUUUGUUGGUUGGGUGUUUUUGUAUGAGAAGGCCUAUCAAGAGCGAGACACAGCUAUCGAAUCAUCAGUGAUGACUAAAGUGAAAGGAUUUGGAGAGCACCACAAUAAAACCAUGGAUGUCGCUGACUUUGUCACACCUUCACAGGGGUCCUCAGUGUUCUGCAUCAUUACUAAACUCAUCACCACAGAGAAUCAGGUGCAGGGCUUGUGUCCUGAGACUGAGUCGAAAUUUAAAUGUGAACAUGAUGACAACUGCACAAAUAUGAUGACGAAGCCAGGAUCAAAUGGUUUGUUGACAGGAAAGUGUGUAAACUAUAUUGGUUCCAUGAAAACUUGUCAGAUCAGAGGAUGGUGUCCUGCAGAGGUAGAUGAUGUCCCAAUACAACCCAUGAUGGAGGUUGAGAACUUCACCAUAUUUAUCAAAAAUAGCAUUCGCUUUCCCCGCUUCAACUUCACAAAGGGAAACUUCUUGCCCAACAUCAACAGCACUUAUAUAAAGAAGUGCAAUUUUGAUUUUGAACAAAACAGUUACUGCCCCAUAUUCAGAGUGGGAGAUGUUAUCAGGUUUAGCCAUCAGAACUUUACCACACUGGCUAAUAAAGGUGGAGUGAUAGGCAUAAAGAUAGCCUGGGUGUGUGAUCUGGAUAAAGCAGACGACCACUGUAAGCCUGCAUACUCCUUUACCCGUCUGGAUGCCAUGUCUGAGAAAACCAGUGUGUCACCAGGAUACAAUUUUAGGUUUGCAAAGUACUUUAAGAUGGAGAAUGGGACGGAGUACCGAACUCUACUAAAGGCAGUUGCUAUCCGAUUUGAUGUGAUGGUCAAUGGAGAUGCGGGGAAAUUCAAUAUGAUCCCGACUCUAAUCAAUAUGGUGGCUGCCUUUACUUCUGUGGGAGUGGGAGCUGUUCUUUGUGACAUAAUUCUUCUGAAUUUCCUGAAAGGAGCAGAUCAGUACAAGGCAAGGAAAUUUGAAGAGGUUUCAGAUGCACAGAUUGAAAAAUCACCCUCCUACAUGAGCAGCAUGUACCGGACCAGAGAUCAUAGCCAAUUGUCAGUCAGACCUGAAGACAAGUUCUCUAAUGACUCAGGGGCUUUUUCCAUUGGCCAGUACGGUUAACACCAUCUUUAGAACAACUUCUAAUAAUACUUAAACAUCCCGCACAAUUUCACUUGUAGCUUAAUAUAAAUAUGCACUGUAAAUAGCUGUAAGGUAUCACAUUCUACUACUGUGAUUUUAAUAUACAAGGUGUCCUAUUAGUAAUAAAGCAUUUAAGCUGAAAAAGAUUUAAUAACGUACCUUAACAAUCAAUGAUUUACUAUUUAGCUAUGCAAGAGCAUACAGUAUAUACAGUUGUGCAGUGACCAAAGAUUAUUCAACAAAUCAAUUUAUUUUAUUUACAUGAAAAAAUGUAUAGGUGUCGUUACAAACUUCUGACUGUUGAAGUAUGUAUAGAAUAUAAAAAAAGGAUUUUAAAGCAGAUCACACAAUUAAUUUCCAUUUGAAGAAUGCUGGUAGUAGCUGUUUUCCAUACCUACAGCAAUUAAAAACUAAACCUGAAAGUUAAACAACUGAGUAUUAAUAACCUUUAUAAGGUUACUAUUACUCCUACUACUCCUACUAGAACUGAUAAAUAACCUGUAGAAAAGCUAGAUAAUAUUUAACAUAAUUAUUAUGCAUGAUAUUAUAGGAAAAGAAAAUAAUCAGUGAUAGUUUGGUGAUGAUUGGUUUCUUAAAGAAUUUCUUGAAGUGUAUUAUUCAA